GUAGUAUCGAUAAUAUACUAUUGCCAAACUAUCGAUAGUGUCGACUGUCGAUCCAAUCACAUCACUAGUGAUUGAAAAGAAAAACGCCGCUACGGCUUUUGAGGUUGUGUUGUGUUGAUAACGUAUUUUAUUCAUUGUUAUUCUAUCAGAAAAAGAAACACAAAACUGAAAAUGGCGGCGGCUAUGCCUAUCAACCCUAAACCUUUCCUAAACAGCUUGACUGGGAAGUCAGUUUUAGUCAAAUUAAAAUGGGGCCAUGAAUACAAAGGUUUGCUAGUAUCAGCUGAUGGCUAUAUGAACCUUCAGCUGGCUAACACAGAAGAAAUAGUCGAUGGUUCAUGUACAGGCAACCUCGGUGAAGUUCUAAUCAGAUGCAACAAUGUUUUGUACGUAAGAGGUUCAGAAGAGGAAGAUGAAGAAGGUGAAAUGAAGGAAUAGUUUGCAACUAAGUUAGUUUUAAGUUACUGUAAUGUGUCUAUCUGGGGACUGUAUGGAAAGAAACUUUUCAAAGUGUUAAAACUGUAAUUUAGAUUAUAAGAAACAAUUCACUUAUAAAUUUACUUUUA